AUGUUUCAAGAUUCCACUUUUUCUGCACUUCUUGAGAAGUAUUCUGAGUAUUUAACAGAUGCAUCCAACAAAGAUGACCUUCUUGCACUUGGUCGCAGAAUUUUUUCUGCAGAAUCUACAGAAUCACAGCAACGUCCAUCAAUAAAUUUACUUAAAGAAAAGGAAGCCGAACUUCAAAAGCAACAAAUACCUAAAAAUGAGCAAAAAGUAAGAAGUUCGCCAUCAAGACAAGGCCAUUUUAUACCUCCACCCGUUCAAAAUUUAUCACAAGAUCAAAUUAACGAAGAAAUUAAAAACCUCAAAGCUAAAAAUGAGCAACUCAGAGAACGAAAGAAAGAAUUACAGACGCAAUAUCAAGAAAUGCAAAAAGAAUAUAAUCAAUUAAUUAUUGAUAGCGUAUCAACAAAAGAUCGGCUCCAAAAAGAGCUUGCAGAUCUUAGAGAUGAACUUGCUCGUACACUUGUUCCUACAAGACCUAAUAUUCUACGUUCAAAUACUCCUUCAAUUUUACCAGUUAUGGAAGAACUUUCGAAACUGAAUAAGCAAAUCCUUGAUAAGAUCGAAAGUUUCAGACAAGCAACUCGUGAUGCUCUUUCUCAUUGCGAAAGAACAGCUCUUGAUCGAUAUAAACCUUACAUGGAGAAAUUAUUACAUGAUAUAUAUGAAAAUGCAGAGCAAUUACCAAUAGACCAACUUCUCAAAAGGUUUAAUGACUCUGCAGACAAAGUAGAGUCUGAAAUUGCCCAACUCCAAGCAGAAUUAACAUCAGAACACUCCAGAAACGAAAAUCUUCAAAUGGAAUCAAGGCAACUUGAAGAAAGGCUUACUGCACAGCAAGAAGAGGUCUCAAGAAUGAAGAAACAACAGUCCCAACUCGUUAGAGAUAUUGCGAAAUUAAAUCAGAUCUCAGCUCGUACGAUGAACUCACUGAAAGAGUCAUAUGAACUUCUCUGGAACACCGAUGAUGUCGGAGAAGGCCAAGCAUCGUCUGCAAGAGCUGUUGUCAUCACUCCAAAAGUUAAACCGAAGGCAGCUCCUGUUCCAUUGAAGAAGAUUGCUUCAAGGAAGAACGCGGCCCAGACAAAUGAAAUGAAAAGGCCAGAUGUGAAGUCUGUUGAAGCAUUUAUCGAAAAUGAGAAAAAUGAUUUGCUGCAUCAGAUACAGCAAGAUCAAUAUUAA